GAGCUGCUCCUGGCACCUUGAAAAACACCCACACCAGAACUUUGUGGCAUAUAGUGCAGAGAAGAGGGGCCUGCUGUGGACUGGAAUAACAACUGUCAUUUCUAAAUACCCAUCAUCUGGAAAAAGGCCAAAAGGCAGAUGUUCUUAGACCAGAUGAAGACUGAGGAGCCUUCUAGCUCUCAUACAGCAGGAUAGUAAAACUGCUCAGUCCGGACCUGCAGAAGCCUUGCUGGGCCUCUCCCUACAAUGUCAGGAAGCUACAUACCUCCUGCAAGUGGCCCCUUCUCAGCCCUGACUCCGAGCAUAUGGCCCCAGGAGAUCCUGGCCAAGUCCACACAGAAGGAAGAGUUGGAGCAAGCGGAGUUCUGCUACGAUGAGUUCGGUUUCCGCAUGGACAGGGAAGGUGCUGAGCUUGGUUCUGGUCCCCUGAUGAGUACACCCUUGAUGGAGGACCCCGCGCAGAGGCUGCGGUGGCAGGCCCACCUGGAGUUCACCCACAACCAUGAUGUAGGCGACCUCACCUGGGACAAGAUUGCCAUCUCUCUACCCCGCUCCGAGAAGCUUCGUUCCCUGGUGCUGGCUGGCAUUCCUCAUGGCAUGAGGCCACAGCUAUGGAUGCGGCUCUCUGGGGCCCUGCAGAAGAAGAGGAACUCCGAGCUGUCUUACCGUGAGAUCGUGAAAAACAGCUCUAAUGACGAGACCAUUGCAGCCAAGCAGAUUGAGAAGGACCUGCUCCGCACCAUGCCCAGCAAUGCGUGUUUCGCCAACGUCAACAGCAUCGGGGUGCCUCGCCUGCGCAGGGUCCUUCGAGCACUGGCCUGGCUCUACCCUGAGAUUGGCUACUGCCAGGGCACUGGCAUGGUGGCUGCCUGUCUCCUGCUGUUCCUGGAGGAGGAGGAUGCCUUCUGGAUGAUGAGCGCCAUUGUUGAGGACCUGCUGCCUGCCUCCUACUUCAGCACCACCCUGCUGGGUGUCCAGACCGACCAGCGGGUCCUUCGCCACCUUAUCGUCCAGUACCUGCCUCGCCUAGACAAGCUGCUGCAGGAGCACGACAUCGAGCUGUCCCUGAUCACGCUGCACUGGUUCCUCACCGCCUUCGCCAGCGUGGUGCACAUCAGGCUGCUGCUGCGCAUCUGGGACCUGUUUUUCUACGAGGGCUCCCUGGUGCUGUUCCAGACCACAUUAGGCAUGCUGCGCCUUAAGGAGGAGGAGCUGAUCCAGUCUGAGAACUCUGCCUCUAUCUUCAACACGCUGUCCGAUAUCCCGUCACAACUGGAGGAUGCAGAGCUGCUGCUGGGGGAGGCCAUGCGGCUGGCUGGCUCCCUCACUGACGUGGCCGUGGAGACCCAGCGCCGUAAGCACCUGGCCUACCUAAUUGCAGACCAGGGCCAGCUCCUGGGGACCAGCGGUGCCACCAACCUUUCUCAGGUUGUUCGACGCAGGACCCAGAGGAGGAAGUCAGCCAUCACCUCCCUGCUGUUUGGGGAGGACGACCUGGAGGCACUGAAGGCCAAGAACAUCAAGCAGACAGAGCUUGUGGCUGACCUCCGGGAAGCUAUCCUGCGUGUGGCACGCCAUUUCCAGUGCACAGACCCCAAAAACUGUAGCAUGGAACUGACCCCAGACUAUAGCAUGGAGAGUCACCAGCGGGACCAUGAGAACUAUGUGGCCUGUUCACGUAGCCACCGGCGCCGGGCUAAGGCCCUGCUGGACUUCGAACGACAUGACGACGACGAGCUGGGCUUCCGAAAGAACGACAUCAUCACGAUCAUCUCUCAGAAAGACGAGCACUGCUGGGUGGGAGAGCUGAAUGGCCUGAGAGGCUGGUUUCCAGCCAAGUUUGUGGAAGUCCUGGAUGAACGGAGCAAAGAGUACUCCAUUGCGGGGGAUGACUCAGUGACAGAGGGCGUCACGGACCUUGUGCGAGGAACCCUGUGCCCAGCCCUCAAGGCACUGUUUGAACAUGGACUGAAGAAGCCAUCCCUGCUGGGGGGGGCCUGCCACCCCUGGUUGUUCAUCGAGGAGGCAGCAGGCCGUGAAGUGGAGAGAGACUUUGACUCCGUGUAUUCCCGCCUAGUGCUCUGUAAGACAUACAGGUUGGACGAGGAUGGCAAGGUCCUGACUCCAGAAGAGCUGCUGUACCGGGCUGUGCAGUCUGUGAAUGUGACCCAUGACGCAGUGCACGCACAGAUGGAUGUCAAGCUCCGCUCACUUAUCUGCGUGGGGCUCAACGAGCAGGUGCUGCAUCUGUGGCUGGAGGUUCUCUGCUCCAGCCUGCCAACCGUGGAGAAGUGGUAUCAGCCCUGGUCCUUCCUGCGCAGCCCUGGCUGGGUCCAGAUCAAGUGCGAGCUCCGAGUCCUCUGCUGCUUUGCCUUCAGCCUCUCCCAGGACUGGGAGCUCCCCACGAAGAGAGAGGAGGAGAAGCAGCCCCUGAAGGAGGGUGUCCAGGACAUGCUGGUGAAGCACCACCUUUUCAGCUGGGACAUCGAUGGCUGACAAGCUCCCUCCAGGAGGAAGAGCAGGCACUGUGUUGGCUGGCUAUGAGCCUGCUCUGGGCAGAGUCCAAGGAGGUCCAGGGAAAUGAGCUCUAGAGCCUGGCUGGGACCCUGACAGGCCCUAAUCAGGAUGGCCCCAGGCCCCACAGAGAGUCGCUGUGCUGGGAAAAGGUGAGUGCCCAGCUCAGCCUCUUCCUCCUGAGUGCCUGGGAAGGGCUCCACCUGGCAGGGUCCUUCAGAAUUCCUAGCCCACAUGCAGUUUUGUACGACUGAAAACCACUUGGGGUGGGGAGAAGCUGUAGCUGCUUGUCAGUCUUUGCUCAGGAAGGGGGGGG